AUUGAACUGAGCCCUCCAUUGUUCUUCAGAUUAAACCAAAACCCAUCUCUCAAAUCCGACUGAAUUCUUCAAUGAAAUCGAAAUCUCCCCAUGAUUUGAGGUAUUAGUGAACAAACCCCAGAUGGGUUUUGAAUCCUUUUUCUUCAUCAUCGUCUUCCUCAUUUCCCUCUCUUGUUUGGUUGAAUCUGGUUCUGACUACACCACAUUGAUCUACAAGGGCUGCGCCAAGCAAGGAUUCUCAGAUCCAAAUGGCGUUUAUUCACAAGCUCUGGCUGCUUUGUUCGGCUCUUUAGUUUCACAAUCCGCCAAAGGCUCCAAGUUCUUCAAAACCACCUCUGGCACCGCUCAAACCUCCAUCACCGGCCUCUUCCAAUGCCGAGGGGAUCUCAGCAACUCCGAUUGCUACAACUGUGUGAGCAAACUCCCUGAAUUAGCCGAUAGUCUCUGCGGCAAAACCAUUGCAGGUAGAGUUCAUCUCUCAGGCUGCUAUUUGCUGUAUGAGUUUCCUGGGUUUGCUCAGAUAUCAGGGUUUGAAAUGCUGUAUAAAACUUGUGGGGCUACCAACAUUGCUGGAAGUGGGUUUGAAGAGAGGAGGGAUACAGGGUUAUCUGUGUUGGAGAAUGGCGUGGUGAGUGGCCAUGGAUUCUACACUACUAACUAUCAAUCUCUGUAUGUGUUGGCUCAAUGUGAAGGAGAUUUGGGGGAUUCUGAUUGUGGUGAGUGUGUGAAACAUGCUGUGCAAAGAGCUCAGGUUGAAUGUGGAAGCUCAAUUUCAGGGCAAGUUUAUUUGUAUAAGUGCUUUAUCAGUUAUAGUUAUUACCCAAAUGGAGUUCCAAGGAGAUCUUCAUCAUCAUCUUCUUCUUCAUCAUCAUAUUCUUCAUCUCCAUCAGGGAUGGGGCAAAACACAGGGAAGACAGUGGCAGUGAUAUUAGGAGGGGCAGCAGGUGUGGGAUUUCUGGUAAUUUGCUUGCUUUUCAUCAGAGGUUUGAAGAAGAAACAUGAUGGACAUUGAUACAGAGGAAGAGUCGAAGUUUUUUUUGAGGUAAAGAAUGGAAAGACAAAAUCCAAAUUGCUUUAGUUUUCUUUUGCUUUGUCUUAUAAAGAGGAUGGGAAUUUUUUUUGAGUUGACAAAGACUGUUCUUAGUACUGUGGUCUGAAAAGCUUGCUGAUAAGAGAAGAAGGAAUAUCAGUGCAUGGAAGGAAGGGAAGGUAACAAAAAGAAAA